AUGCGAGGCACCUACGUUCCGCCAAGAUACAUUCCUCUGGAACAAUCAGAUUUAGAAGCUGACGCUGCUCCUGCGAAUAGUGAACCCUCUUCUGCUCAUCACCAGAUCAUGAGGGAUCCCGCACAGUGGUCUUCUGGAAUAUGUGCAUGCUUUGAUGAUAUGCCGAGCUGUACGCUACUCUCUGCUCUGUUGAUUCCUUGAUUUAUCAGCAGGACAAAUGAAAGGUGCUAAUUGAAUUAGAAUUUAUGCGCGUUUAUCUUCUGUUCUGGACCUCUCCUGUCGAUGAUGACCAUUUUUUGGCAUCCUUCAUUAGGUAGAUGAUUCUAAUGUUUAAAGUCGCCAAUGCAUUAUUUCCUCAAAGAAGAAUAAAGUUUUCCAGGCCAAAGCACCUCUGAAAGUAAUGUGAUGGCGAUCAAGUGAAUGCUUUCUCGUGCCAAAUGGGACAAACAAGUAUUUUUAUAACCUGGUGCAGAAGGAUUGUCAAAAUCCCAAUGUACACAGAGUAGAUAUUAAUUUAGUAAGUCACUGUAAUAGUCAUGUAUAUAUAUAUAUAUUUAUAUUUAUGUAUAUGUACAUAGAUACGAACCCCCCCAGCGCUUCAGGAAAUUAGCUGGCAUACGAAGAUGGCUAAUUGGAUAGCAUUUGGUUGAAUUUUUGUGCAACUUAUGAACAUUGAUUGACGCCAACUUGGGGAUCUGUUGGAUUAUGUGUGCGAAUGCAACCUUUAGAUGUUUUACUAUGCGUUUUUUGGGUCUUAAUAGAAAAAGGUAACCGUCUAAAACGGUUAUUAAAAUGGGGCGAAUGGGUCCUAGAAGAAACGAAGAUAGGUCACCAAAGGCAGAUUGGGGUGGUGGAUAGUCUUGUGGGUUUUUCUUUUCACUUUUUUUUUUUUUUGGAGAGGCUACUUAUGAGCAUGUCAGAGUGGAUCAGGCCUAAUCCUGUUCUUUCUAGACUUCGUCAAAUUUUAACUGCUUUACAUAUCUAAUGAUACCCAUAAUUGGAUUGCCCAAAUAUGUUGAUACAUAGAGAUAAGACCAAUAAUCUUCUUACAGUACCAGCGGCGUUUUUUAAAUCAAGGCCUUUUAUAGUCUGGAAUAUUAGUUAUUUUCUUAAUCAAUGAAAUUCAAAGUAAUUUCCAUUUAUUUUCAGAAAAUUUCUGAAUUAUCCUCAAUAUUGUUGACAUCAUUCUAUACCUUUAUUGUUGUUGUUUCUAUUUCAUAUGUGUUUUCUUUGUUCGAUUAUCUACCAGAUUAAUUGAAUCCAAUUGGAAAAAUAAAAAAGUGCAAACAGUUAGUAGCUAUUAGAGAAUCUCACCAUAAAUGCCAAUGCCAUCAGAGUGGGUUCCAUAUGCAUUAAGUAUUCAUCUAAAUAAGUUCAGUUAUAAUUUGUAAUGAAUUCGUUAGAUUUAAACAUCAAAUGGACUAAGGAUAUCAAACUGAAGUUGAUGAAAGAAAAAAUAACUUAAUUUGGAAAGAAGUAUCUAAAUGAUGUUGAGAUUAACUCUGUGCAAGCCAGAACAGGAUUAUAACUCUGUCCUUGCAUACGUGUUGAUGUCUAUUUUUUUCGUUUUGCAGGCUGUAUGGGCCUUUUCUGUCCAUGCUUUCUUUUUGGCAAAAAUGCAGAAUUAUUGGGAUCUGAAACUUUGGCUGGGUCAUGCCUAACCCACUUUAUUUUGUGGGGUCUGUUGAAUGGUUUGUGCUGUCUGUUAACUGAAGGAGUCUUUAUGGGGAUGCCUGGAUCUAUUGUUGCAUGUUAUGCAUGUGGGUAUCGCCGUGCCCUAAGAGCGAAGUAUAAUCUUCAGGUGAGUAACCGAUCCUUUUUGAUGGUCGGGUGACAUAUUUCACUGAACACAUAUCUUUAUUUCUUGUUGCAAUGUAGUUGCCAUCACUCUAGAAAGGUUGUGGCAGUAGUUUAUUCGGGUAUGAAAAUAUUUGAAAAAAAAAAACUAUCAUAUGUUUCUAUAACUAAGACAUGUAUAUGCAUAUCUAUACAAUCAGGUUUCCAAAACCGGAAAAACACCUGUACAACAGUGAAAUGCUUCAUCUAAGAAACAUUUAAUUUGUCAUAAUUAGUCUAAGUUCCCAUGAGGCAUUUCAGUCUUGGUUUAACUACGAUCUGCCCACAAUAAAAAAAUAUAAAAAUGAAGGAUCACGCAAGCUAUGAGGAUAGUUUCUUUAACUGCCAUAUAACCAGAGUGGGGACAUCCCUGCCCCUACUGGAAAAAAACAUUUAAUUUGUACCUACUAAAAUGAGUAUGAACUAGGACACGUCCGAUCGUACUUGAUAUGACAAAUUUUCUUGAUUGAACUCAAGUGGUUCUGACUCCAAAUUUCUCCGGUUCGAAAUUCUUUGGUAUAGUCCACUGAUUUAUCGAUUAAUUAUUGACUGUGGUUGAUGUCAUUGCUGUCGGGCAGUCUCUUUAAAAAGAAUGAUAUUAUUUUAAAGCCCAGCAAGCUUACGCAGCACAUUGUCUAUAAUUUAUUUCUUCUUUUUUUUAAGUUACGAUCUUCUACUUGGUUCACUAGUUGGGUAUCAAUCCGGGCAUUAUUUUAUGCUAACAUGGAAGUUCCCUUCUUUCGCAUUGCCCAAAUAAAUAUAUUUUUAUCAUUUCUCUUCCUUCAGAGAAAACGAUGGUUCUACAAAAAAAAAUAUUCUCUAUCAUAAUUGCCCAAAUAAAUAUUAUUCCGCCUAAUUUCUCUAUCAUUUUUUUCUACAAGUUUUAUUUUUUUUCCACAAGAUGCAGGAAACUGCUCACUAGCAUUUCUUCCCCAUCUUCCAUUCCUACAACACUUUCAUCGCUAAUGUGGAAUGAAAACAAUCGGCCAUAGGUUUGACUUUUCUGGUUGGUGAUUCCAUAUUCAAUAAAGGCUUUACCUACCUACUUUCCCUAUGAUAUUGAAUGGAUCACUUUGUAUGAAUUAUGUCGUACAGAUCCCCGUCACCUUGAAGGUUGUCAACGAUCCCAGGCCUCACCCUGCCCGGGCUAAGUCUCUGUUUGGUGGAGAGUUUGUGCAUAUGCUCUGUUCCUUACUAUUUAUAAAUCCUCGGCUGGCCCACUUUUAUUAUUCUUUACUAUUUCAAGGAUGAGUGGGAUACCAAGUUAUGGGCGGGCAAAAUGUCGCCUUUUUUUUUUUGGUGCUAAAUAAUCUGUGCUUUAGCUCGAAUCGAUUCUUAUCCCCCCUCUUUCAUCGAUUAAUCUCGGUCAUCCAGGAAGCGCCAUGUGGAGACCUGGCGACCCAUCUGUUCUGCCACCUCUGCGCCAUAUGUCAAGAGUACAGGGAGCUCCGAGAGAGGAUGGGGGACUCGUGCCAGUCUGAUUUGCACCUCCCAGCGGUGAGAGCUCCACCUGUUCAGACGAUGGAAUCUGAUUCCAGGGAAUGA